UACUUGUAUCCGUUGAAAACGCACUCUCUUUGUUUGUUUGUUUUCCCCUCUCAUUCCGUUCUUAACUUUUACCGAGACCCCCAAAACCCUUACAAAUUCUUAAGCAUUUUCCUACAUAUUACCUCCAAACACUCUCAUUUUCCCUAAAUAAUUUCCAGUUUUCUCCGGAAACCAACCGAUGUCGGUCUCCGGCUCCGAUACCACCACCACCUCUUUACCUCAAAAACUCGUUUCAAAAACAUCAUUUCUAAAUUUAAAACUCUACGUUAUAAUCGCAAUUAUUUUAAUAUCUUUACUCUUAGUUUUCCUUCUGAUUUUCAUAUGCAUCCGCUUGAAACAGACUAAAAAAAAACGUAAUAAAGUGCUAGCCCAACAGAGCUCAGGUAUGAUCCCGUUAGUUUCAAAAGAAAUCGUAGAAAUUAAAGCUUUGGAUCGUAAAGAGAAAGAAGGAAUAAAUUUAUUAAAGAAGAAUGAGAUAAUUGAGGCUGUUGUUGUUGAGAUCGGAGAAGAGAAAAAUGAGAAGAAGAAGAAGAAGAGUGGAGAGAGUGAAGAUGACGUGUCUUGUAGCGCGAGUGGUAGUGACGUCUCGUCGUCGGUGGAUUUGCAACAGAAUAUUGGGUGGGGCCGGUGGUAUAGUUUAAAGGAGCUGGAGAUUGCGACACGUGGGUUUUCCGAGGACAAUGUAAUCGGUGAAGGUGGAUAUGGUGUCGUUUACAGAGGUGUUUUGGAGGAUGGCUCCGUGGUUGCUGUUAAGAGUUUGCUUAAUAACAAGGGUCAGGCAGAGAAGGAGUUCAGGGUGGAAGUUGAAGCAAUUGGAAAAGUAAGGCAUAAGAACUUGGUGGGUCUAAUUGGGUAUUGUGCAGAAGGUGCUCGUAGGAUGCUUGUUUAUGAAUAUGUUGAUAAUGGCAAUUUGGAGCAGUGGUUACAUGGGGAUGUAGGGCCUGUUAGUCCUCUGACCUGGGAUAUUAGAAUGAAGAUUGCCAUUGGGACAGCAAAAGGGCUAGCCUAUUUGCAUGAAGGUUUAGAGCCCAAAGUUGUGCAUCGUGAUGUCAAAUCCAGCAACAUACUUCUGGAUAAAAAUUGGAACCCAAAGGUCUCAGACUUUGGACUAGCCAAGCUCUUGGGUUCUGAUUCAAGCUAUGUCACUACACGUGUUAUGGGAACAUUUGGAUAUGUUUCUCCUGAUUAUGCAAGCACAGGGAUGCUAAAUGAGGGGAGCGAUGUGUAUAGUUUUGGAAUUCUUCUUAUGGAGAUGAUUACAGGAAGGAGCCCAAUUGAUUACUCCAGACCAGCUGGAGAGAUGAACUUGGUUGAAUGGUUUAAAGGAAUGGUAGCAAGUCGUCAUGGAGAAGAAGUUUUAGACCCUCUAAUUGAAGUUCAGCCUUCUGUAAGAGCUAUUAAACGAGCCAUGCUGGUUUGUCUUAGAUGUAUAGAUUUGGAUGGCAAUAAGCGACCAAAGAUGGGGCAAGUUGUCCAUAUGCUUGAGGCAGAGGACUUUCCAUUUCGUACUGAACUCAGAUCAGCUAGAGACAAAGAUCGUUCCCCUUCUUAUGCAGUUGAGUCCAACAAAGUUCCAUAUCCAAUCAAACAUGCUGGAGGAAGUGAUGCACGGCAAAGAUGAUUGUUGCGGAUCUGAAGAAUAAAUAGUUCCUGAGUUCCAAUUAUUUUGUAGCAUAAUUUUUACUAUUUAGUAUAAUCAAAGCCGAUUCAAUGUGCAUAUAUUACUUUUUUACCCCCUUGGAAAAGUCUCCAUUUUGCUCUUACAGUUAAAAUGAGUCUUGUAAAUAUGAAGUUAUAUUUGGUAUGUGAAAUCUCAGCUUCCUCGUUAUGAUUAUCAGAUCAGAAUCUUUUUGUAAAAUCACCCGAACUAUUUGGCGAUGUUGAUAAUGAAAACCCUUUUCUUUUUCAUUCA